CGCUGCUCUCCUGCGGUCACCUCGGGCCCCUGCAUGCCGCUCUCCCGGGGCCCCCAGCGCCGCAUGCUGCCGAUGGAUGUGAGUGAGCAGUGAGCUGAGGAUGGCGCUGUGGUGGCUGCUGUGUGCCCUGCCCCUGGCCCUGGCUGUGGAGGAAACCUUAAUGGAUUCAACCACAGCGACGGCAGAAUUGCGCUGGACCGUGCAUCCGUCAUCUGGGUGGGAAGAGGUGAGCGGAUACGAUGAGAACAUGAACACCAUCCGGACGUACCAGGUGUGCAACGUCUUUGAAUCCAGUCAGAACAACUGGCUGCGGACGCAGUACAUAGAGCGGCGGGGCGCGCACCGGAUCCAUGUGGAAAUGAAGUUCUCCGUCCGGGACUGCAGCAGUAUUCCCAAAGUUCCCGGCUCCUGUAAGGAAACCUUUAACCUCUAUUACUACGAGUCUGACUAUGACUCGGCCACUAAGACCUUUCCAAACUGGAUGGAGAAUCCUUGGUCCAAAGUGGACACCAUCGCUGCAGACGAGAGCUUUUCCCAGGUGGAUCUGGGAGGGCGGGUGAUGAAGAUUAACACGGAGGUGCGGAGCUUUGGGCCAGUUUCCAGGAGCGGCUUCUACCUGGCGUUUCAGGACUACGGCGGCUGUAUGUCUCUUAUCGCUGUCAGAGUUUAUUACAGAAAGUGCCCGCGGGUAAUUCAGAAUGGGGCGAUCUUUCAGGAGACACUGUCGGGAGCGGAGAGCACCUCCCUAGUGGCUGCACGAGGCAUCUGUAUACUCCAUGCAGAGGAAGUGGAUGUGCCAAUCAAACUGUACUGUAAUGGCGAUGGCGAGUGGCUGGUGCCCAUAGGCCGCUGUGUGUGUAAGGCCGGGUACGAGUCUGUGGAGAACGGAACCGUCUGCCGAGGAUGUCCCUCAGGAAUGUUCAAGCCGGACCAGGGGGAUGAGACCUGCAAAUCCUGUCCCUUCAACAGCCGCACCACCUCCGAAGGGGCCACCAACUGCGUGUGCCGGACGGGCUACUACCGCGUAGACUCGGACCCUCUGAGCAUGCCGUGCACCACCACGCCCUCCUCUCCGCAGAAUGUCAUCUCUAGCGUCAACGAGACCUCACUGAUGUUGGAGUGGUCUCCACCAAGAGACUCAGGAGGCCGCGAGGAUCUGGUCUACAACAUCAUCUGCAAGAGCUGUGGAUCGGGGCGAGGAGCUUGCACUCGUUGUGGAGAUAAUGUGCAGUUUGCCCCUCGUCAGCUGGGUCUGGCGGAGCCCAGGGUUUAUAUCAGCGACCUGCUUGCCCACACUCAGUACACCUUCGAGAUCCAGGCAGUGAACGGAGUCACCGACCAGAGCCCAUACUCGCCACAAUUCACAUCCGUCAACAUCACCACGAAUCAGGCAGCCCCGUCCAGUGUCUCCAUCAUGCACCAGGUGAGCCGCUCUGUGGACAGUAUCACGCUCUCCUGGUCACAGCCGGAUCAGCCCAAUGGCGUCAUCCUGGACUAUGAGCUGCUGUACUAUGAGAAGGACCUGACGGAACACAACUCAUCAGUGAUAAAAAGUCCAACCAACACUGUGGUGGUGCACGGCCUGAAAGCCGGGACUAUAUACGUCUUCCAGGUCAGGGCGCGGACGGUGGCCGGCUACGGGCGGUACAGCGGCAAGAUGUACUUCCAGACCAUGACUGAAGCUGAAUAUCAGAGCAGCUUCCAGGAGAAACUCCCGCUAAUCAUCGGCUCGUCGGCCGCUGGUCUGGUCUUCCUCAUCGCCCUGGUGGUCAUCAUCAUCGUCUGCAACAGAAGACGAGGCUUUGAGAGGGCGGACUCUGAGUACACCGACAAACUGCAGCAUUACACCAGCGGCCACAGUACGUACCGUCUGCCUUCACCAGUUCUGGGGGCUCGUUCUCUCGUUGUGACACCAGGGAUGAAAAUUUACAUAGAUCCUUUUACUUAUGAGGAUCCCAAUGAGGCUGUACGAGAAUUUGCCAAAGAAAUUGACAUUUCCUGCGUGAAAAUCGAGCAGGUGAUUGGGGCAGUCUUCCCCUUGUCUUCUGUAGGAGAGUUUGGAGAAGUUUGCAGUGGACAUCUGAAGCUCCCAGGGAAAAGAGAGAUCUUUGUGGCCAUCAAGACGCUAAAGUCGGGGUAUACGGAGAAGCAAAGACGGGAUUUCCUCAGUGAGGCCAGCAUCAUGGGACAGUUUGACCAUCCCAAUGUUAUCCACCUGGAAGGAGUGGUCACCAAGAGCUCCCCCGUGAUGAUCAUUACAGAGUUCAUGGAGAACGGCUCACUGGACUCCUUCCUACGGCAGAAUGACGGUCAGUUCACGGUCAUCCAGCUGGUGGGGAUGCUGCGUGGAAUCGCUGCAGGAAUGAAGUACUUGGCCGACAUGAACUAUGUCCACCGGGACCUAGCGGCCCGUAACAUCCUGGUGAACAGUAACCUGGUGUGUAAGGUGUCUGACUUCGGUCUGUCUCGCUUCCUGGAGGAUGACACGUCUGACCCGACCUACACCAGCGCAUUGGGCGGGAAGAUUCCCAUCCGCUGGACCGCGCCCGAAGCCAUUCAGUACAGAAAGUUCACAUCUGCCAGUGACGUCUGGAGCUACGGCAUCGUCAUGUGGGAGGUGAUGUCAUACGGCGAGAGACCCUACUGGGAUAUGACCAACCAAGAUGUGAUAAACGCCAUUGAACAGGAUUAUCGACUCCCACCACCAAUGGAUUGCCCCAACGCACUCCACCAACUUAUGCUGGACUGUUGGCAGAAGGAUCGAAAUCAUCGGCCUAAGUUUGGGCAAAUAGUUAACACUUUGGAUAAAAUGAUCCGUAACCCCAACAGUUUGAAAGCUGUUGCCCCCCUCUUGUCCGGAGUGACUCUCCCGCUCCUGGACCGCACAGUCCCAGACUACACCAGCUUCAACACAGUAGAUGAAUGGCUGGACGCCAUCAAGAUGGGCCAAUACAAAGAGAGCUUUGCCAACGCCGGCUUCACCUCCUUCGAUGUGGUAUCACAGAUGAUCAUGGAAGACAUUCUACGGGUCGGGGUAACCUUAGCCGGGCACCAGAAGAAGAUUCUCAACAGCAUUCAGGUGAUGCGGGCACAGAUGAACCAGAUCCAGUCGGUGGAAGUUUGAUCCUGAAGACGAGUUUCUUCUUCCUCCUGACACUUCCUAAUGUACUUGGGUUCCGAGCCCUCCCCUCUCUCCCGACCCCUCUUGGUACAAUGAAGUUUCUAUAUUGCACCUGGUGCAGACAGGACCACGUGUUCCCCAAAGCCACCACGACAAGUUCCACGUAGCGAGAGCAGAGCUUCCCUGGGGGCAAGCUUGGGGAGAUAUGAAGAAUAUUUUUGAAAAGAUAAACCUGCAGCAAAGGAUUUGUUCCAUAUAAAAUACAAUAACGCAUAAAGGGCUUGUAGAGAUCGGCUCUUAAUGAUGUGAGAAGGGUGAGCGCCGCCGCCGCCGGAAGAACUCCGCUAAAGGCCAGGGGGUGGUUUCAUUGGACGGAACGAAUCGUGACCAGGAGCGUGGUCUGUGGAACUAUUAUUGGCUGACAGGAAAAGAAUCUAAUAAUUAUAUAGAGAGACCGUUGAGAAUUUAUUUCCAUUAAAUGGACCUGUUGCACCUCUGCGUACAACUAUUCAUCUUGAAGAUGUUACAAAUAACGGAGCGUAAGCGGCUUUUCCGUGGAAAGGAAGACGCCUCUCAGACUCGAAAUGUUAAAAAAUGUAACAAAAAAUAAAGACAAAUCCUUUUUAGCUGGUGUUUCUGCCGACCCGAAAGAGUUUUGUGAGUUCUCCUGUUUUUGCAAACUCCCUUCCAGACCGCAACUGAGGUGACAUUUCUUCCAUAUCAUUUGUGCACAAAUCGUAGUGAUGAUGUCAUCACUAAUCGCCACUUCCGCUUUCUCAGAAGACUCUCCGCGUACAGUAGUAGAUUUUAAUUACAAAACUCUGAAGUGUACAAAAAAAAGGAAAAGAAAAUGUUUUGUUGUCAAUGUUGUUGUUUUUGGAAUCUGUUACUACUUUGUUUACACCAAUUUGACUUUUUUUUACAUUGUUUUUGAAUAUCGGUCGGAAGUUUAAUAUUGCUUAAAAAAAUAACAAACAAAAAAAACAUGAAAAAAGCGAAACGGGACAAUGAUUCAGUGCUGGUAGGUACGCAUCCGCCGCCUGACGUCACAGCGGCUGAUGGAGACCUCAGCUGUUGUCCGCUAUCCCUUAUUCUUCUCACUAACAAUGUGUGCGGCUUAUUAUAUAAGCUUUACAGAGUGGUACGGAGGCCCUGAGAGCUGGGGAACGGAGGACUGAAUUAACCCCAUGGGUACAAGUGUAGCACAGCCACUACCUUCAGCUGGAUUUAGUUUAGCUUGUCUUUGCAGUGAGGUCGGCCGGUUGUGGUGGACAUUAAUGAUCUCAGGCACUUUACUGAGCCACCACCGCUGCUACCUACAACAAGAUAUGGGUGUUUUUGUGUGGAGUGUUUCCUGGUAGAGACUGUUGCUGUGUGGUGUACUCAGUGCCGGUGUGGAGCGUGCAGGGGGCGGACGGGGUCAUGCAGUGAGAAUCUCCCCAUGUGAUAAAUAUCCGCCCCCCUCCGAGCAGGACCAAUGACAUAGGGUGCAAUGCCUGCUGGAUACCUGUCCUGUAUGACACGCCAGAUACACAUGUAUUGUCAGUGUACGCACAUGUAUCAGGCGUGAUUACCUCAGCAGCACAUAUGCAACCCUAGGCCAAUGAGAUAUGUUAUCCAUAUGAUGUCAGACUAGCCGGAACAUGUGAUAAUCCUCCAGAAACCUAGAGCCACAUCACUCAAAUCUGUAACAUACAUAUUGCCAGAAUCAAUAGACAUAAACAUCUGUCUUUGUAUCAUACCACCCAACCCACAUCCCUCCUUGUGCCAAUCCAACCAACCCACAUCCAUCUCUGUAUAACGCCAACCAACCCACAUCCCUCCUUGUGCCAAUCCAACCAACCCACAUCCAUCUCUGUAGCACACCAGCCUACCCACAUCUAUGUGCCAAGCCAACCGUCCCUUAUCCUUCUAGGUGCCAAUCCAACCAACACAUUCAUCUCUGUAUCACACCAGCCAACCCACAUCCAUCCUUGUGCCAAUCCAACCAACCCACAUCCAUCUCUGUAGCACACCAGCCUAUUCAUAUCCUUCUAGGUGCCAAGCCAACCAUCCCUUAUCCUUCUAGGUGCCAAUACAAACAACCCACAUUCAUCUCUGUAUCACACUAGCCAACCCACAUCCAUCUCUGUAGCACACCAGCCUAUUCAUAUCCUUCUAGGUGCCAAGCCAACCAUCCCGUAUCCUUCUAGGUGCCAAUACAAACAACCCACAUUCAUCUCUGUAUCACACUAGCCAACCCACAUCCAUCUCUGUAGCACACCAGCCUACCCAUAUCCUUCUAGGUGCCAAUACAAACAACCUACAUCCAUCUCUGUAUCACACUAGCCAACCCACAUACAUCUCUGUAUCACGCCAGCCUACCCAUAUCUAUCUUUGUGCCAAGCCAACUACCUUGAUCCUUCUAGGUGCCAAUCCAACCAAAUAAUAUCCAUCUUUGGAUCAUGCUAGCCAACACACAUUUAUCUUUGUGCCAAGCCAACCAACCUCCAUCUUUACCACAGUCAUGUUUGAACACUCCAUGGUGAGAUGGGUACAGGCAGAGUUAGGAGACAUAGAAACAUAGAAUUUGACGGCAGAUAAGAACCACAUGGCCCAUCUAGUCUGCCCCUUUUUUAUCAUUUAGGUGAUCUCAACCCUUUUUGAACCUUAAUUCUUUGUAAGGAUAUUCACAUGCCUAUCCCAAGCAUGUUUAAAUUGCUCUACAGUCUUAUGUGAGGCUAUUCCACUUAUCUACUACCCUUUCUGUGAGGUCAUUUUUCCUUAAGUUUCCCCUGAACCUCCCCCCUCCAGUCUCAGUGUAUGUCCUCGUGGUCUAUUACUUCUCUUCCUUUGAAGAAUGUUUCCCUCCUGAACUUUGUUAAAACCCGUCGUGUAUUUGAAAUUUUGUAUCAUGUCCCCCCUUUCCCUUCUCUCCUCCAAACUAUACAUGUUAAGAUCUUUUAGCCUUUCCGGGGGGAGGCGGUCAAGAUCCCGGCGGUCGAAAUACCGACGCCGGAAUCCCGACCGGCACAAUCCCGACAUAUUCUCCCUCCGUGGGUGUCCACGACACCCAUAGAGGGAGAAUAUAAUAGUGUGCCGAGCGUAGCGAGGCACCGUGCCCGCAGCGUGGCGAGCGAAGCUCCGGGUGUGUCUACCCUGUUGCAAAUCUUUGUAUCAUCUGCAAAAAGGCAAUAUAAUUUGCAAUGUCACCAACAAAGAUAUUAAAGAGAACUGGUCCAAGUACAGAUCCCUGGGGUACUCCACUGGUAACGUUUCCCUCCAUAGAUUGCACUCCAUUUACUACAACUGUCUGUUGCCUAUCCUGCAACCAGGUUCUUAUCCAUUUAACUGUUUUAUAAUCCACGCUUUCAAGUUUAUUUAUCAGUCUGCGAUGUGGGACAGUGUCAGAUGCCUUACUAAAGUCUAGAUAUGCUACAUCUACAGCUCCCCCUUGAUCUAUUAUUUUCGUCACAGAGUCAAAAAAGUCAAUAAGAUUUGUUUUGCAUGAUCUCCCACCAGUAAAUCCAUGCUGUUUUGGAUCCUGUAAGUUGUUUAAUGUAAGAUAUUCCACAAUAGUUAAUAGUUUUUCCAUUACUUUCCCUACUACUGAUGUAAGGCUUACUGGUUUGUAGUUACUUGCUUCUUCCUUGCUUCCACUUUUGUGCAGUGGAACUACAUUUGCUCUUUUCCAGUCCUCUGGAAUGGCACCUGUAUUUAGUGACUAGUUAAAUAAUUCUGUUAAAGGUGUAACCAGCACAUCUUUUAGCUCUUUUAGUAUCAUUGGGUGUAUCCCAUCUGGCCCCAUUAGGGGAUGGUAUUUUGUCUAAUGGGGUAUAAUGUAUUUAAGGGUGCUAAAAGCAAUACCCCAGACCUCACUGCUUAGCUCCACAUCUGUUUCUGUGUCUCCUGUCUCGCAUGAAUGAGAGUAACACACAGAAUAAGGGGCUUAGUGCUGUGGCCCCUCGGCCGACGUUACACUAACCAAUGUGACAGCGCACAGAGGGAUCACACUUCCUGCUGAUACAUCGGAUAACCCGCUCAUCCGGGAACAGACGGGUACUGUCUCUGCCACCUAAUACACAGCAAUCUGUAUGCCCUGUCGCCACCAGUAGACAGCCUCUGACCCUCCAGUGGUUGUGGUUCAUUGAGACUUGUAGUUCCACAACAGCCGGCGUCACAGGUCGACUACUUCUCUAGAUCUCUUCCAGUCUGUUUUGUGGCCACCGUUUGUUAUGUCACCUGCACAGGUACGGCUGUUUUCUGUAGGUAGGAGUCUAACGUUACAUUUCUUUCUGGCUAGGUGUCUUGGUCUCCUGUAGUGUUGGGGCUCAGGUAUAAUAGGUAUCAUAUGAUUCUCUGUACACACUGUAGGCAUUUCCUGUGAAUGUCACCAGCAUUUUCCAGUUGUAUGUAAAAGAACAGAUUCGGGGACUGUCCUGGGCCCUGGAAAUUGCAGGUUAUUCGUAUAUCGGAGUACAGCCAGUUGUCUGCACUGGAACAAAAACCUCAUCUUCCGCAGCAUAACGGCUGUACCCCUUUUACAUGCCUUGCACCUACACCCCUCAAGAAGCAAUGAUUAAACGUCAAAACACUGUGAGUCCGCCGUCCCAUCUGUUCCUUCCCAGCAAAUCCGUCUAAAGAUGUAUGCACCGAAUAACAAUCGAUCAACUUCUGUCAAUAGCUGAAAUAAAUACUUUGUUUAUAAAAAGAA